AUGGCUGAUACCAGCGAUUCGACUAGUCAACCCAUCAUCCAGCCUCAACAUAGUCAACGAUCGGUUGCGAGGAGGCUAGCCUCAUCCUCAACAUCGACCACCCACCGUAGAAUUGGUAGUGACGGCGUUUCUCUUAGUUCAAGAUCUCAGAUCGAUAACUCAUCCGUAUCCACUCGCCCUGUCUCUCUAUUAUCCGAAUCGCAACAAUGGCUUCCAAUCAUGGGCGCGACUGGGCCGACCAGCUCUCCAAUGCCGACUCCGGCAGCGGACUGGCUCGACGAGGGUUGUCCCGGCUCUCAACCAUUCACAUCGCCAAACCUUACUCCAGAGUUCUCGUCCCAAUCCUAUCUGAAGGCAGAUAGCUUUCAAGGUUUGCCAGCUCCGCCGUCGAAAGGUCCACGGCCCAAGCCAGCUCCGAUGCAGUUCGAAGACGUUCCUGUGGACUAUUAUUCGCCUCCUGGAUCCUCCCAUACUACGUUCACUCCUCAUGGCCGAUCUCAGCAUAGCCGCACGAGUUCUCGGUCACACCUCCUGAAUACGCCUACCUCAACGGCGUGGAGGAGUCCGCGAACGCCGCCGCCUUACUCCACAGUGGUCCCACAGGCUAGGAAAUGGUGGCAUUGGCGGCCGGUAUGGUCCAUGUACCUGACAUUCCUCUUCGGCAUAGCCUGUGCAGUUGGCCACCAUAUAUUUUAUAAGACGCUAAACGGAAAGCCGGCUGAUGCUCAAAUCACGAUGCUUCGGUACGGCACGAUCCUGUCUUUCGCAUCCAAAGCCGGCCUAGUAGCAGCCAUAGUCAUUGCCUUCAAACAGCGCAUAUGGACCACGGUAAGGAACAAGUUCCUCAGCGUAGCGGCUUUAGAUUCCCUAUUUGCCGCGACAGAGGAUAUGUCGGCAUUAUUCAACACCGAGGUCUAUCAGCGGGCCAAGAUCGCCAUGGUCUUGGCGAUAUUCGUCUGGCUGACGCCUAUCAUGAUUAUACUGACUAGCAAUACCUUAACAGUAAGGCUGGUUCUACGGGCAGACAACACGACAUGCCCUGGCAUCCGAACCCUAAACUUUACGCGGGACGAACUCGAGGAAUGGAGAACUCCUACCAGGAUCGAAGGCUUAUAUGGGAAAUCUUUGUCGCUGUGGAACACGACGAGCUUGGAUACUGCUUCGUCGGACUGGUUCGACUACUAUACCGGUUCAAGCAACCCCUUGAUUCGUGUAGCAACCCAGGCGGCUUUUAUGGGACAACCAAUCGGGAGAACGGGCGCUGAUAUCGACAUCUGCGGUUCUGGGUGGAACUGUUCCUUCACAAUUAAUUUUACGGCACCUGCGUACGAGUGUUCCGAACUAGCGAGCGGCGUCGGUUCUGAUGUAAAGUCGCUCGGUAAGCAGAUCCCACCGGACGGCUUCGAUACUAAACUGCUAGUUCCCGAAGGUAACUAUAGCUACUAUGCCUUUACGGGCGGCGGUGACUAUGCCACCCCACAGAUGAAUAUGACCAUGCCCGGCGGCAUUCCAACUAUUCAGCCUCCAUUUCCAGAAACCUUGGGCGCGUUUCGUACGGAACCGGCCAUCUGGGUCGGAUACUCAGUAAUCUCUAAUCCAAACGAGGCAAUACCUCUCAAUAGCUCAUAUCCGGGCUGGAACGAAUCAUUUAUCCCUAAAAUCCUCGGAUGCGAGCAUUAUGAGGCCCAUUAUACUGUCCUAUUCAAUCUGAUUGGCGGUCGGCAGUUCACGAACGUAACGAAACGUACGUUGUUGCGUCGUGUUAUGGACACAACCUGGAUCCAAGGCGAAGAUGCGAACGACGGCACGAAUGACAACACCACAGCGCUCCCGAAGAGCGGUUACGUCUACCCGAAAGAUGUUCGCCACUAUAGACGGGUGGCGGCGUACCACGCGAUGGGCACGCAACUGCGGAGCUUUCUAGAGGGAACGAUCGACUCACACCAAGUCAAUACCCCGAUAGAGAACACGAAGGCGGAGCAAACAACGCUGGUGAACCAGACGCAAGACAUCUUUCCAUCGACGAAUCUCCUGAAGUUGAUACCGGCGCUGUACGAGGACAUGAUACUGUCGAUGCUUUCCGACCAACAGUUCGUGAGCGUCGUGUGGGCGGCCAAGCCAGACGAGAGCUCCGGGGCAGCCGCGGGAAACGAGUCGACGAGAUAUCCAUGCACGAGGUCUCGGCUGGAGAACGUAUACGACUAUCACGAGCGAGACCUGUGGAUUGUUUACAGCCUCGCGAUCUUAUUAGCCAUGGUAGGGAUGGUGCUAGGCACACUAGCGAUAUUGGAAAAUGAGUGGGUGCUGCGCAGCACCCGAUUUUCGAGCAUCGUGGCGGCGACGCGUGGGCCGGCGCUAGAGAAGCUGGGGUGGAUCGGAGACGAUGAUAGGGGUGACUUGCCGCGGGAUGUUAAAAAUCUCAAGGUAGGUUACGGGAUCGUCCAUCGAGCAAGCGGGCUCGGCGUUUUACAGGAGCAUACGGGAUACAACGAAAGAGUAGUAUGGGACGGCGGGGACGUGCGUUACGGCUUCGGAUUGGAAGGCGACGUCCGGCAACCAAGGAGCCAGACGAGGAGGGAGGAUAGCUAA